UUGACAAUCCUAGUGGUGGGGCUUUGGGCCAGGCCCUGGGCUACUUCUCUCACUGAAAUCCAGCGACAGGGAGAGCCUUAGAACAGGAGCUAGUGUAGGAGGCAGAGGGAAACCCCAGCCUGGGAAGCCCUAGCUCCCUCUUUUCCGUGCAUGCCGGUGGCAUGCUGAGGGGUUGAUGGGAGUGACUCAGCCAAAAGCAAAAGCAAAAGUAAGUCUGCAACUACAACACUCCAGCAGAGGAGGUGAGAGGGCCUGAUCAAGAUGGCAGAGAAGCCCAAGCGCCCACAUCUGGGAUUGGCCCAGUACCCCCUGUUGCUCACGCUGGAGCCUGAGGGGCGUGGCCUGGGCGGGCAGGUCCUGGAGUUGGCUGGCCCAGAGGAGGUCCACGUCCACCAGAAAGACGGCAUCCUGAUCUGCGACAACUUCCUGCUGGGGCAGUGUCUGGAGGGGGAGCGCUGCCUGCGCCACCACACCCCCAACCCCUUCCACUGGCAGAUGCGGCGCACGGCAGACGGGGUGUGGCUGAGUGUUGGCACAUUGGCCCAACAGCACCUGGAGAACCUCUACUGCAGUACCAGCCGCGACAACGUGCAGCUCAUGGACAAGGCCGGCUCAUCCUGGACCCUCAACCUGAACUCCAUGGACCUGAAGCCCAGCCAGCUCUAUGACCGUGUCCGGCGCCUCUCCAACAGCAGUGACCCCAGCCGUAACCCCUACUUCCCCAUGGAGUGGCAGGUGUACUGGGAGGAGUGCGGCGAGUGGCUCGUGUACGAGGAGCCGGUGCGGUGGGAGCUGCUGGCGGCCUUCGAGAAGGGCAUGUGGAACCACGCCUUCAAGCUGCGUGGCCAACUGUACAACGUGGACCUGAAGAAACUGACCCAGCGCAAUGUGCGUACGGGCUUCACCCGGCGCAUCCUGCACUGCCCAAUCUUCCGCCCGCCCUGGCGCCUGGCGCCCCACCUGCGGACAGGACCGGGUGCCACCCUCUCUUCCCCCGGCACCGUCCCUGGAGAGGACCCCCAGGACACCUAUUGGGGCCCGUACCCUGCGUCCUGGGUCCCCAAGGCCUCAGUGGGCACCAUGUUCACGCUGGCAGAAGUGGCACCAGCAGAGAGGGCCUAUGAGACUACAUGCACGCUGUUCCACAAAACCCUGGCAGAGGACAAGGCAUUGGUGCUGGCCGUCUACCGGGUCCGGAAUGACUACCUGUGGCAGAAAUACUGUGGGCAGAAGCAGUUCAUGGCCCAAAGCCGUCCCCGUGUGGCGCGGUGCUGCCUGGAGAGACACCUCUUCCACGGCACCAGGGCCAGCAAAGUGCAGCCCAUCUGCGAGAUGAACUUUGACCCCCGGGUGUCAGGGGAGAACGGCGAGGCUUACGGGCAGGGCAGCUACUUCGCCACUGACGCCUCCUACUCCCACACUUACGCCAAGGUGGACGAGGCCAGCCUGUGCCACAUGUUCCUGGUCAAGGUGCUUGUGGGGAGCUCGGUGCGGGGCAAUCCCAUGUUCCGGCGCCCCCCCCCGGCACACGACGGCCGCCUCUACGACUCCUGCACGGACCGUGCUAAGAAGCCGCAGAUCUUCGUCAUCUUUGACAGCUGCCAGUGCUACCCCUACUUUCUGAUCCGCUACAAGCUGCUCUCUGAGCCCGUGGCCGUGGACUCGUGAUGGGGGAGCGCUGGGAGUCAGAGGUCAGCUUGCCAACUUUGUAUUUCAAAAAUAAGGGACUGAUUUCUUAGCCCCACCCCUCCUCCUGAGAUCAUCAUUAUUAUUAAUACUACUAAGGAUUCACCUACAUUCGCCAGGGGGAUUUCUGGCUGCUUUUAGCAGCACUCAGCGACUCCCAGGCUUGCUGUACAGAGAUGGGGGAAAAAAAUAAGGGAUGUCCCUUGUAUCAUAGAAUAUCUGGGUUGGAAGGGACCUCAGGAAGUCAUCUAGUCCAACCCCCUGCUCAAAGCAGGACCAACCCCAACUGAAUCAUUGUAAUAAGGGACUGUCGGCAACCUUUAGUCACAAGUGAAGAGAGCAGCUUGCUCUCAGGGGUGGGAGUGUGCGGAAGAGCCUGAAUACCCACCCCCACCCCCGGCACUGACUGGAAUAGAGCUCGGUGUCUGGGCCCCGGCGCUCCAGGUUGGAGGGAGGAGUCAGGGCUGUGCGGGGUCAAUCACACUGUCCUCCCCUUCUCAGCUGGCAAUUGGAGCCAUGGGCCUGACAGACCUGCCGUCAGAUCCUGCUGUCCAGAAAGGCUCGGCCUGCUCCCCCCGCGCCAGGGAGGGGGAGAAGGUCUCUGAGGAGCCAUUGUCCAGGGUCACUCCUGUCCUGCACCACCCCCCCAGGCCCUGCCAACUCCCCAAAUUCCUGUGCCCCAUGGCCACCAGGGUCCUUGCCAGCCAGCUCCUUUCUUGCCAGCUCCAGAGAAACAGGGGAUUUACCCCGAGGCCAGCAUGGGGCUCCUGGCACUGCACUGCCCACAGUCUGGAACGGAGGGGUUGUGUGAUGAUGGGGGGGAUCUGUCACAGACUCCAGGCGUCAGCCGCCCACUGCUCCACGUCACUGCUGGGCUGAGAAGGUCCAAUCCGUGGGCUGGUGUCAAUCUGGUACCUCCUGUGAAGCUGGCCCAGCCCCCUCCCAGCCAGCUUCCCCCACAAGCUGGGGCAUCAGCCAUGCCUCUGCUAGAUUCCUGGUGGGAAGUAAGCGCCGCUUGCGGGCACAUCUCUGGGGUCCUUCUCCUAUCAGGGGGAUGGGCCCAGGGCCAAGUUGUCCCCCUACCCCCAGGCCCAGGCAGCUGGGGUGUUGCUGCUUCCUGUCUAAGCCCUGCAGAAAAGCCCACCCCUCCCCAGGGCCCAGAUCAUCCCCCUGCCCCCUGAGCGACAGGAGCUGGCGCCCCUGGUCCUGGUGUGUCGAUGGGAGGGAAGGGUUCAGGGCUACAUCAUUGGGGGCAGGAGGGACAGCACAGUUGGGAGGAGCCCCUUUCCUAGCACUGCCUUCAUCUCCUGAGCAUCAGUCAGGGGGGUUGCCAGAGGGGCACAGGGGGUCCUGGGUGAGGGCGAUGGGGGGCCCAGAGGAGGAAGUGGGGAGCUGGAGGUUUGACAGCAGCUGCCCCAGGUUGGGCGACUGGAGCUGCCGGGGUCUGGAGCCUGGCUUGCCCACAGAGAGACUGCCCACAGCCCCCAAACCACCCUGCAAUUGGCGCUAACCAGGUCCCCACCCCCAGCUGGCAGCCUUGGGGGCAUGGGGCGUGAACAGCCCCAGAGACUGAGCCCUGCGGGUGGCGGGGCCCCUCAGGUGGCAGCUCCGCCCCCCUGUUACCAGCUUUGAGGUAGGCUCAUUUAUUAGGGUUACUCUUCAGGGGGUGGGGUUCUGUACUUCUAUCAAUGUACUGCUUGUGUCACUUGUGUUCUCAUACAGAGCUCUACUUCUCCCUGCUGUAAAUUCCCUCCCCAUGGAGCUGUCCUGCAGGACCUCGGUUCUUCCAGCCCCAGAAUCUUAUGAACACACACACACAUUAACAGAGAACAUCUGAGAGGACCGGGUCAAUCAGCACUCCCAAGCUGACCCCUUAUAUGUCCUUGGACUCAACAGGCUGGGUCAAGCAGCACCUCCAAGCUGUCACCCUCAUAUGCCACGGGCACCGCACCGGGAUAGAGUACGCCUGAGCAGGCUGGGUCGAGCAGCACUUUCAGUCUGCCACCCUCAUAUAACAGGUUUUUUGGCAGGUUUUCAAAGAGACAUUAUUAAGGGCACAAGAGCAAACUAUCCCACUGCGUAGGAAAGAUAGGAAGUAUGGCAGGAGACCACCCUGGCUUAACC